AUCGCUAUCAGAAUGAAGAAGAGUGUGCCAAGAAAAGGGUGGUGCAACCAUGCACUAUUCUUUAAAAAGCGAGUUCACCAUGUUGUGCCAUGUGUACGCUCAAGGGGACGCUGAGCGGAGGCUCACACCAUGGUCGGGCCUAAUGGCGGCGGCUACUCCAUCUGGCAUAGCGUACAGUGGCGACCACGAGGCACCUGACCCACUAUAGCUUUACCAUUUUGAAAAGACAAUUGAACUAUCUUCGGCCGAAGUAGCUAUCCCCAUCUUCCACUCAUAAAUAUCGUGCUUAUGGUGAUGAUAGUGGCCCCACGAGCUUGAUGCCAUCCACCGGCAGCAUUUGCAUUCUCACACGACAAUGACACCAGCAGAUUCACACAUUCCAACCAGAGUAACCGGGUUGCCGUGACCAAGAAAAUGUCCAUGUCUCAACUUUGUGGGGAAUCCCAAAGAUAACAAAAAUCUAGGAAGUAUGCCUCCUUCGAUUUUGGGAUCGACCAUUCUGCUGUGCGGCAAUGCAGUAUCAAUUAGGGCUGCACACAACUGGGCACAUCGAUGUGCGCAGGUGCAGCGAGCAAAUCAUUGAUCGUGUGGUUGAGUGUUUGAAACAAUCAUGCAUGUCCACGCUGUGCUGCCAAGGGAAACUUUGGUUUACUCUGGCUUCAAUAAUCUCUCGCCAUCACUCUACAUGAUGUGCAUAACAGACUAGAUGCGCCACAUGGGAUCCAGUUGGUACAAGCUGAUCUGUUCCUAAUGCCUCCAAAAAUCUAACAAGUUUAUGACAGUUUGCAUGUGUGUCAUGACACAUGUUACGUAUUUCCCUCCAUUCGAAUGCGACGAAAUGAAAAAAAGGGAGAAUUUUCUUGAGCAGUACUAUCCAUGGUAUAACAAUCACACUUGGGAGAAAUGGUGUAUAUGUGACUUUGUUUUAAUAUUCUUCUGGCUAGCUAAAUAAUCAUUGUGAUGGCCGUGGUGAAUGGGAACUACUCUAGCUAGCUGAUCACUAUAAGUCUCGGUGGAGGGGAGCUAUAUAUAUAUGCACCCACCACUGAUGGGGGUAGGAAGAUAUUAAGUUAUAAUAACUCAGUGUAGAGGUGAAGGGUGUGUAAGCACUGAAAAUGAGUUAUAAAGCUGUGGCACUUCUUUCAUAAAUUACUAGUGGUUUGGAUGAAUUUAUACAUUCACUCAUCCAAUUAAGUGAUAAUAACUCAUGACAAGGUGAACAGUGCACAACAUUAAAAUGAGUAAUCAUCUUGCUAUCCUUCUAUAAAAUCAUACAAGUUUGGAUGAAUUUUAUGGUGGUAGCUGCCUGGUGUGAUCUGAAACGGUUUGCUCGCCCAAUGAAUAUGGAGGCCUUAGCUAGGUGCAUAUUUUGCUUCUCCUCAAUCAAGUUUUGAGAGUGUGCUGGAAGUGGUUGGAGAAGGUGGGGGAUGAUAAUCCAUGGGCUGGGCUUUCUAUUUCUGUCACGCAGGAAGCGGAAGCAAUGUUGCAUGCUGGCUUUUGAUGCACGCUGGGAAAGGUGAGACAUUGCUCUUCUGGUCAGAUUCUGGCUCCACGGUCAUAGUAUGGCGCAGCUCACUCCAAAUUUGAUGAAUUUCCUGAAGCUUGUUGCUCAUUCUUGUACUGUUGCGGAAGUACUCAGCCAAAUCUACUUACAUUACAUUCUACCUCGUAUGUCAUCACAUGUGCUCAUGAGCUUUGGAGGUCUUGGGAACCCCUCGAGUUGAAGGUCUUUGUCUGGCUUACCCUAUGCAACCGUCUCAAGACCAUAGACAAACUCACGACGAGGUAGUUUUAGCAUCCUCCAUGCUGCCCUCUUUGCGCUUAGGAGCUGGAGAGCCUACAACACAUUCUCCUAGGUUGUACCUUCACUCGAGAGGUCUAGUACCAUGUUCUCCUCAUCGUGUAUCUAUACCCUUCUACUCCUAUUAGCCACAAGGACCUUGCUAAAUAGUAGUCCAAUCUCUCCAUUGUGGUUCUGACGCGUAGCCGCCCGCUGGUAAACUCCUUCAUGAUCCUAACGUCUCGGUUCAUUUGGUUGGAUCAAAAUAUUGUGUAUUCGAUAAGGCAGCGACCUUGCCCUUGUCGGUUGUCCACAAAAUUCAGGCAGAGUUGUCGAUGUGGAAGCUUGCUCGUACGGGCACGGUGGGAGUCCAGGAAUCUUUUUUACCCUAUCUUGCUUGAGCAAUCGUUUGUGAUUGGAUCCUAGCCAUGUAAAUAUGUUUGUCACUCUGGGUUUUAUUCUCCCCAUCUUAAUACAAAACACACACGAUCAUCUUUUCUCGAAAAAAGAUUUGGAUAGUUUUUACAUCCAUACAUCCAUAAAUGCCAAUGGUCAGGAUGGGCUCAUUGCCCGCGUGCGAGAUGGCAGCCCCCUACGGCAAACUUGAUGUCAUUAGCCAUUUGUUCCGGUGUCCACAACAUCCGCGCUCUCUGCUUGCUCUCUCGUAAGAGUGGUUGGAUAACCUCGAAGUAUAAGGGUGAAGUAACUUAGCAAUAAGUGUUUUCCUCAGUAGAAAACAUAGGUUUAUCGAACCAGAAAGAGUUCAUCCAACAAACAAAGUCACUAGUGCCUGCAUAGAAAACACAAAGCAAGCUUGUCCCCAACACGUCAAAGGUUGUCAAGCUUCUGAUCUUGCUUGUUACAAGAUUAAAUUGCACGGUAUGAUAGAAAUUGACAGAUAGAUAAAAUAAAAGAAACGGUACAACAUGGUAAAGUGUUUUUGAUGAGGUUUUUACUAAAGCAAAGUAGACCUCCGGGGCCAUAGGUUCACUAGUUGCAUCUCUUCAACCAUAACGGUAUAGUGGCGUAAACAAACUAAAGUUGAAUAACGAUUGAAUUGUAAUAUUUAUAUUUAUGAUUAUGAUCAGUCAUGGUAUAACCUCAUAUAGUCAUUACGUCCGUGAUAUGGCGUGUUGGGCCGUGCUCCUUGUUCGCGUGAAUGAAAACUGGUGCGGGCGGACGAAAUGCGUCGGCCCUUGUACAUGCCAUUAAAUUAGGGAGCAUAGUGGAGUAAAAGAUAUAUAUUUUAGAGUUUGCAUAGGGCCUCAGAUCUUUUUGUCGGCUCGGCACUGCCCCUGCAACCGAAUAAGACUAGCUCUUGGCUUCCUAGUUUGUGUGAGAUUUGAUGGGUCGUGGACUCGUGGUAGUUAGUGAGGCUAGCAAUGCAAAUUGCCUGGUGCGACAGACGUGAUAUGCUCGAUCUGGUUUGACCCAAGCAGCAACCGAAAAUAUUUCUUUUGACGGCUCGCCACUUGACAAUAUGAAAUACAAUUCUCCCAGCAAGAAAAUGAUACUAGGAUGUAAGACAUGUUUAGCAGACCAUGUUUGGAGGAUCUCCUCUGGAAUACAUGGGAAACGAAUCAAACUACCAUACUUUUUCUUCAGGGAAAAAGAAUCAAACCAUCAUACUAGCUUGCUCUUGGAAGCAUCCUAGUAAGAACAACGCCCACCAUACUCUGUUAAUCUAUGGGUUGCUUUGAUUAGUUAAUGCAACCGAAAGCCAAAAAGUUAUAUUUCACGUUGUCAGUUGUUGUUUGGGUUUACUCGCACCAACAUCUAAUGCUUGCAAACGACUGUAGAAAAUGAUAUCGACAAAUGUAAUAACGUCUAGGCAGCGCCCACUUCUCAUCUGCUGAAGCAUGUAAACUGAAGCUGAGAAGAAUGCAGAAGCCGAACUUGGACGAGCAGCUCCUGCUAGAACCCGUGGAGAGGAGCGAUCAUGUGGCGGUGUUGGAGGAGGCGAAGCCACUGCUGCGGCUGGCCGGGCCGCUGGCGGAGGGCGGCAUCCUCCGGUCCGCGCUGCAGCUGGUGUCCGUGAUGUUCGUGGGCCACCUCGGCGAGCUUCUCCUCGCCGGCGCCUCGCUCGCGAACCUGACCGGCCUCAGCUUGCUGGUGGGCAUGUCGAGCUCCCUGGACACGCUGUGCGGGCAGGCGUUCGGCGCGCGGCAAUACCACCUCGGCUUCUACAAGCAACGGGCGAUGGUGUUACUGGCGCUCGCCUGCGUCCCCAUUGCUCUCGUCUGGGCCAGAACCGCCAAGAUCCUCCUGCUCCUCGGCCAGGACGAGACCAUCCUAAUCAGUGCGCCUACGCGCGGUGGCUCCUCCCGGCCCUUGUCCCGUACGUCCCUCUCGUGUGCCACAUCCGCUUCCUGCAGUCGUGGUGCCCGUCAUGGUCAGCUCCGCCGUCACGGCGCUGAAUCACAUCCUCAUCUGCUGGGCAAGAGGGUUGGUUGCAAUUUCUGGUUCACAUAUCUCCUUGAUAAAAAUAUCUAUGUCAACUUGAUGGGCAUAAUUGUCAUAAAUACGAAAUGUAACAAAUAG